AUGCCGAAAGCAUCAGAAAUAAAAAUCGACGAUUUUAUUAUCGAACCAGGAGAAAAGAUCGGCAAGAAAUGCCCAAAUAGCUUUUUUGUGUAUCGUCGCGUAUACACGAAGGAACUUUUACGACGCAACCACAGACUAGAGAUGGCCAUAGUCUCCAGAAUGGCAAGUAGUCAAUGGCGAAAUGAAAAUGCAAAGGUUCGCGAGGAGUACAGACAAGUUGCUAAGAUGAUUAGAGAGAGACUUGAAGUACUUGAGCAUAGUUUUCCAAAAUCUUUAUGCUAUAAGUUUGUUCCUUUCGAACAACCGAAGCCGUCUCCCAAUACAAAUGAAGGUCAACAAACUGUUUUAAAUACGAAAUUGUUAUCAAUGCUACAUUUAUGGUAUUCCAAAAGCAUUAUCGACGAAUUCCUUGAUAGACUUUAUUAA